GAAGUCAGUCAUUUCGUCAGUUCAGCCGUGUGUUGAAAAUGCGGAAGUGCAUUUCUUGUAAUCUGUUUACCGAUAUGAUAAUCUGAUGAUAAUAUGUGGCACGGUAAAGCUAGAGUAGUCUAGUUUGUACAUCGUAGACAUUUUCAAAGAGAAAACAAAAUGGAACCAAUCAGAAGCUCAAGUCGAUCAACACUGAAUGUGACUCUACCCUCCGAGCAUGGAGACAGCAGUCGUAGUCUUGACCUCCGAGAGGGUCAUCAGAUCAUCAAGGGAUCUGAGCAGAACUCAUUUGUUGAAAUUCCACAACCCAAGAUCAGUCCAGAAACUCAACAGAGGGAACUGAUGCAGAUCAUAGCAGCUCGAUCCAUUGAGAGGUGUUGGUGUGCUUACAGAGACCGCCAGAUGUUUAAACUCCUUAAGCAUGCAAUCUGUGCAGCCGAACAUUCAUUAACCCAUGAAAUUCUACGUAAGGUCAGUCCAAUGGAGGCAAAACUCAUUAAAGAUCCAAGCAUAAAAGCCAGAGUAAGAUUCAGAUUUGCAGGGACUGAGUUUCCACCUUUGAUUCUCUUCAAAGUUUUCACUCAUACUGAGGGUGCUGGAUUGAAGUAUUACAGUGGAAAACGCUGUAUACAGCCAGCUUCUGAUGCAGCAGUGGACGCUUGUCGCAUGAUGGGUCAUCGAAAGUUUUAUGACCAGAUGAUAGCAGAUACAUGCCAGCAUGAACGAGAUAAGAUCUCUGGUGAAGUUGAUGUAACCACGGUCAAAGACUACAUGCAAUAUCUAAGCAAACUGGAUGAGAUGCCAUCCUACAUGGGAGGCAGGGAGAACCUCUGGCGCAAACUGGAUCUCAAUGUUCUUCCUAGGACAACAAUCUUGUAUGAUGUGAUAGACUAUUUAAAUCGAGGUGGCAAUGCUCCUUCCAAGAGACUUCAGGUUGAGCUACCGGUACUCACUGCUCGGCCGGUUACCCAGGAGAUGCAACGAGAACAUGUCCGAAUCAUCUCUGAACUAAGAACACCAUUACAGAUUACAAUCCCCUCUCCUACUUUCAAGCCAACAAGUGCCAGACCCAGUACAUCUGGGCAAACCUCAAGACGCUCCAGACAGGCCAAGCAGAGGGCGUCUAGAAUGAAAAGAAUGUACAUGGAAAGCAAGGCACAGUCUCAAGAAGGAAAUGUGGCCUACGACCCUGUAGGCACAGUAGCUGCUGCUCAGACGACUCCAGGUUCUGGUCCCUACGAGGAGGAUGAGGAGGAGAUGGAUUAUGGGAUAGAUGGAGACGAAGGGGAAGAAUGGGAGAGAGAAGCAGAUCAGAUGUAUGCAUGGACACAAGAUCUAUCAUAUGAAGAUAUAGGAUUAACAACACCUUGCUAAUGCUGGAUGGAAUGUAAAAACUUGAGGUGUAAUACACCGAGAUGCAAGAUUUGUCUUCUUGGAGACUGGACUUGGGAAGAUGUAGAUUGAACGGUACAAGGUUUACUAGUUGUGGAUGUACAUGCACAUGUUUGUAAGGUUCGUUUUACAAAGGUAUGUAAACAUGGCAACAGAUUUGAAUCUUUGGAUUUACACACGCAUGGACUUAGACGCGUCAUACAUAUACGUACAAAAUUAUCGGAUUGUUUAGGACAACACCACAAAGAUGUUCAACUGCAAACAUCUUGUUAAACACUGGACUCUGUGUGCUUGAAGAACCAGGAAGGACCAUGGAAUUGUCCUACAUUGAUAGUUGCCACAUCCAGGCCUGAUACUUCAUGGAGGCAACGAAGACGAUUGCCUCCGCGUCCCCUGGUCAUUGCCUUGGUGCC